GUUUUCCUCCACAGCCACCUGUUUCGGAGGCCCUGAGCCCCCCUCCCCACCCCCUGCGAUGCUGGUCCAUACCUAGAGCCAGAUGAAGAAGCAGUGGGCAGUUUGCUUUUUCUCAUGGUUGCAAAGUGCUCGAAGUUAGUUGUGGCCAAAAUCCUUCCGUUUGGAUUCUGAACUAUGACAUCAUGGCAAGAUUUCGCAGAAGAACAUGCAUCAUUUUGGUGCUUUUUAUUUUAUUUAUUUGCUCCAUAAUGAUGGCUUUGAAGACUCUCAGACCUGACAGAGCUGGUUUUGGGGAUCCAUUUGGACUUGGUCUGUUGCCUGAGCUUCGUCAGCGGACAGUGCUCUUAGAAAAUAAGCAGAAUUCGCUAAAUAGGCUUCAAGGAGAUACUGUAAUGCACAUCAGUAAUUUGCAUAGUAGCGCAGCCAAUACUAUGAAAGCGUCUAUGCCUCCUAUAAACAAGCUGGAAGAAGAGUUAUCUUCUCCUAAUUAUAACUUUCAUGUAUUCUAUUACAGUUGGUUUGGGAAUCCUCAGUUUGAUGGUAAAUAUAUUCACUGGAACCAUCCAUUGUUGCCACACUGGGAUCCCAAAAUUGCAAACAAUUAUCCAAAAGGAAGGCAUAAUCCCCCUGAGGACAUUGGGGCCAACUUUUAUCCUGAACUUGGAUCUUACAGUUCCAAAGACCCUUCUGUCAUAGAAGCCCACAUGAAGCAAAUGCGUUCAGCUUCAAUUGGUGUAAUAGCGCUCUCAUGGUACCCACCAGGUAUGGCUGAUGAAAAUGGAGAACCAACUGAUGAUUUGGUGCCUGUAAUUUUGGAUUUUGCACACAAAUACAAUCUAAAGGUCACUUUUCAUAUUGAACCCUAUAAAGAUAGAGAUGAUCGCAGUAUGUACAACAAUGUCAAAUACAUCAUUGACAAAUAUGGAGACCAUCCAGCCUUUUACAGGUAUAAGACCAGCACUGGCAGAUUUCUUCCCAUGUUUUAUGUUUAUGACUCUUACGUAACAAUUCCUGAGAUUUGGGGAAAUCUGCUAACUGUUUCUGGAUCCCAGACUAUUCGAAAUACUCCAUAUGAUGGAUUAUUCAUUGCACUUCUAGUGGAAGAAAGGCAUAAGCAUGACAUUCACAGAAGUGGCUUUGAUGGAAUUUACACGUAUUUUGCCACCAAUGGCUUCUCUUAUGGCUCAUCUCAUCAUAAUUGGGCAAGUUUAAAAGCCUUCUGUGAUAGUAACAACUUAAUGUUUAUUCCAAGUGUGGGUCCAGGAUAUAUUGAUACCAGUAUCCGACCGUGGAACAACCACAACACUCGUAAUCGUGUCAAUGGAAAGUACUAUGAGACUGCCUUUAGUGCAGCCCUUUUGGUGAGACCAGAAAUUAUUUCUAUCACAUCUUUUAAUGAGUGGCAUGAAGGAACACAGAUUGAAAAAGCUGUCCCCAAACGGACUGGACAGAUAGUUUACCUUGAUUAUAAACCCCAUAAACCAAAUGUUUACUUAGAGCUCACUCAGAAGUGGUCUGAGAAGUAUAGAAAAGAAAAAGAACAGUGGCUUAUGUGAGCUAUUGCUACUGCAGUUCUUUCUUAACACAUCAAAUGUAUUAAGGCAGGAGUUGAGCUGAAAAGUAUAUUACUAAAUGUCUUCUCUUAUAAAUCUGUUCAAAUUGUUUUAUUGCUUGAAUGUAUAUGCAUUACUACUGAAAUUUUCAUAUUGAGGAUUAAAAAAUUAAUGAGCAAUAUUGACAUUUCCAACUUAUUGGAUGUUUGAGAAUAUUCAGGGAAAUGCUUGUUUGGUUCUUUUGAUUCAUUGCUUGCAAGCUGAGCUUACAGAUCAUCUGCAUUGCAUAACUCGUACAUGACUGAAGUAGAAAAACUUGGCGUAGUAAUGUUUACUUCCUUUAUUCAUAUAGUUGUGUAUCUAUUCAAAGUAAUGCUAUGAGCUAAAUUUUGUCUUGAUAGCUUCUUGCAGGAUACAUGCCUGUAGUGCAUGGAAUAAUCCGUGUCUACUUUCUGUGCCUUGUGCGUAGAGAGAUAUUGAUACAUGGAAAUUUGCGGUUAAAAACACUGAAGUGGUUUAUGUGGUAUGACUUCAAUAGUUUUGUUUAAAAGAAGAAAAGUAUAUUUGAAAGAUUUAACAGAAUUGCACAAUAGCUGAGGUUGGAAGGAACCCCUGGAGAUCAUCUGGUCCACCUCCCCUGCUUACGCAGGGUCAUCUAGAGCAGGCUGCCCAAGACCAUGUCCAGUUGUGUUUCAAAUAUCUCCAAGGGUGAGGACUGCACAACUUCUCCAGGAAACCUGUUCCAAUGUUCAACCACAGCAAAGAAGUAUUUUCUUAUGUUGAAGUGGAAUUUCCUGUGCUUCAGUCUGUGCCUGCUGCCUCCUGUCCUGUCACUGGCCAUCACUGAGAAGAGUUUUGGCCCUAGGCUCUUUAGACACUCCCAUCAGGUAUUUAUGCCUAUUGAUAAGAUCUUCCCCUGAGCCUUUUUCUUUUCCAGACUAAAGAGUCCCAGCUCUCUCAGCUUCUUCUCAUACAAGCAAUGCUCUAGUCCUUUAAUUGUCUUUGUAGCCCUUUGCUGGACUUGUUCCAGCAGGUCAGUGUCUGUCUUGUAUUGAGGAGCCCAGAACUGGACCAGUGCCGAGUAGAGGGGAGGGAUCACCUCUUUGGACCUGCUGGCAACUAUUUCCAUAAUACAGAGCAGGAUGCCAUUGGCUGCCUUUGCCUGCAAGGGCACAUUGCUGGUCCGUGUUCAGCUCGUCUAUCAGGGCCCCUAGGUCUUUCUCUGCAGAGCUGCUCUCCAGCUGUUUGGCUCCCAGCAUGCACUGGUACCUGGGGUUAUUUCUCCCCAGGUACAGGACUCUGCACUUUCCCUUAUUGAACUUAAUGAGCUUCCUCUCUGGCUGUUUCUCCAGCCUGUCCAGGUCCCUGUGCCUAACAGCACAACCAUCUCGUGUAUCAGCCAGUCCUCCUAGGUUUGUAUCAUCCGCAAACUUGCUGAGGGUGCAUUCGGUCAUCAUCCAGGCCGUCAAUGAAGAUGUUAAACAGUCUUGGCCGCAAUAUUGACCCAUGCCGGACACAACUAGUGACUGGCCUUUGACUGACUUUGUGCCCCUGAUCACAGCCUCUGACUCUGGCAGUUCAGUCAGGUUUUCAAUCCACCUCGCUGGCUACUUAUCUAGCCUGCACUAUCAGCUUGUUUAUGAGAUGUUAUGGGAGACAGUGUCAAAAGCCUUAGUAAAGUCAAGGUUAACAAUAUCUGUUCCUCUUCCUCUUAUCCACCGAACGAGUCAUCUCUUCUUAGAAGGCUAUUGGGUUGGUUAAACAUGAUUUCUCCUUCAUAAAUACAUCGUUGCUUUGUCCGGUUCCAAAUCCUUCCUGAUUCAGUUCCAAAGAGCUGCUGAAAACUUAAAAUUAAUAAAAUUUUAGGAUAUGCUUUUUCUUUUGCGAUUUAGUAGCAAUGUAGUUCAGUAAUAACAGAAACAUUCACUCAUAACUAAUUUGAAAUCUGAGAUUUUUAUUUUUCAUAUAGUUGUUCCAGUAUUCAAGGACUGUAGAUACCAAAAUCACAGUACCAUUCAGAGAAACUCCUCACCAAUACCGCCUGUGGCAUGGCUGG